AUGUGUGAGAGUUCUUGCAAGCACACAAUCUCAAGCUUGCAAACUGAACUUCACCAAGCAUUAUGGGCGUGUACAGCGAAACGCCACACUUUUGGUAGGACAAGGAAACCGCUUUGUAGAACGGUGGCAGUGGAAUACGGGGAUGUCCCUAUAAUGAAUUUUGAAAUAAUGCAAACAGGACCGGAGAACGAAACAUGCGCGUAA